CUUCGUCAAUGUUAAAUUAUCUUCUUUUUCUAUGCAUUUUUCAACGCCCAAUUGCAGUGGAUUUCAAUCAUCUUUCUUCGACGACAAGGAUAACAGUGUACCUAGCUGCUUGAACUUGCUGUUUCAUUGCUUUGCAGCUCUUAUCGCUUAUGGAUCUUAACGAUCUCAACAAGGUUUGGGAAAUUAAACCUUUGAAGAAGAUUGGGGAAGAUGAUGCUCGGAAAGUGCUUGAAAAAAUAGCUAAACAGGUGCAACCUAUCAUGCGCAAACGCAGAUGGAAAGUGGAAACUCUUUCUGAGUUCUAUCCUGACAAUCCGGGACUCAUGGGAGUGAACAUAGGAGGAGGUCAGGAGAUAAAACUUAGAAUUCGGAGGCCUAAUAGUGAGUGGGAUUUCUUCCCUUAUGAGCAGAUUCUUGACACAAUGCUCCAUGAGCUUUGCCAUAUUGUACAUGGUCCCCAUAAUGCUGAUUUCUACAACCUUUUAGAUGAACUCAGAAAGGAAUGUGAAGAACUUAUGUGUAAAGGUAUCACGGGCACCGGGCAGGGAUUCGAUGUACGUGGGAGACGUUUAGGUGGGAUCUCUCACCAAUUACCUCUAUCAUCCCUCCGGCAAACUACCUUAACUGCUGCUGAAAAUCGAGCUCGAGGUGCUCCAUCAGGACCUAAGCGCCUAGGUGGUGACAGCAAAAUGAAGGCAGUGCUUAGUCCUGUACAAGCAGCUGCCAUGGCAGCAGAAAGAAGAUUAAAAGAUGAUUUGUGGUGUGGUUCCAAGUCUUUGGAGAACAAUUCAGAUAGAGCCAAAAAUAUGAGUUCCUCCACUGGACCCUCCAGAACUUCAAAUGUUUUCACUCCUCUUACAUCCCAAAUUCCAUCAGCUGCUUCCUUUCCUACUCCUCAGGAAGCCAUGUCUGAUCUGGAAAAUUGGCAGUGCAGUGCAUGUACCCUUCUAAACCAGCCAUUGGCUCUUAUUUGUGAAGCUUGUGGGAACCGUAAGAACAAAAUGAACACAAAGACUUGGGCUUGCAAGUUCUGUACUCUCAGCAACAGUACUGAUGCAGAUAGAUGCUUAGCUUGUGGGGAAUGGAGAUAUUCAUAUGGCCCUCCCCUCGCCACGCAAGGUCCUUAUAUUGGCACUUGACAAUUUAUCUACCUUUUCAUACAUUGAUUUCUACAGGCAUACAUAAUUUAAUAUUGUAUCAUACACCAGGUGAUGUAUUUAUUUGAAAAGGUCAGAACCCAAAUAGAAUUUAUCGAUAAAGCAUUCUACAGAAAUGGUAUGAAAUAAAGCUUACUUAUGGACCUA